AUGGCCCCCGCGCGCUCCCGGCCCGCCCUCACCGCCCUGCUGCUCGCCGCGCUCGCCCUCGGCGCGUGCCGCCCGGCGGCCUUCCUCCCCGCUCCGGCGGGGGCGCCCCCGAGGGCCGGCGGCGCGGGCGGCGAGCCGCUCGGGGCGCACGCUGCGGUGCUGGCCGCCGCCUCCGCCGUGCCCGCGCCGGCGCUGGCGCUCGCCUCCGAGGACGACGACGGCUUCGACGUGCGCAUCAUCGCCGUCCUGGCGCUGCCGCUCCUGGCCGCCUCGUGGGCCCUCUUCAACGUCUGGCGCGUGGCCUUCCGCCAGGGCGCCCGCAUCGGCGAGGGCGUGGGCGGCGGGAACUCGAAGAUCGGCCUGGCCCCGGUCCUGUGCGAAGAGCGGCGCACUUUUACACGCCGGCGGGCCGGGGCCCUCGCCUGGGUGUCUGCCUCCGAGCUCGCCGGAGAGCUGGAGGGCGUGGUGGCGGACCCCCGGGCGCGCCGUGAAAACAUCGAGGACCUGGUCACCUUUAUGCGUGACCAGGUGCCCAUCUGGCUCAAGAUGGGCCCGGGCAAGCAGCUCUACUGGAGGCACGAGGUUGCCAGUGAGGUGGGAUGGUCAGCAACGGGCAGUGGGUGGCAGGCGAGCAAGGCGAGCCUCGUCAGAGACGACGGUUCAGACAGCGACAGCGAGGGCGAGGGCGGCCAGGGUAUGGCGCGGCUGCGCGGCGAGGCCUCCGGCGAUCAGGGCAACUCCAGGGCCGCGGUCGGCUUUGAGCAGAAGGUCUUGGGCUGUUGCAGCGCAGAGAAUGAGCCCCAGUUUCAGUGGGCCAUCACGUGCGUCGCGCUCGCUGUUACGGACGCGGACGCGGCCCAUUGGGUGCAGGCGGAGUUGAGGCGCGCACUCAGCGACGGACAGUGCUCUUUCAGCGUGCGCUUCCUAGGUCGUUGGGUCUGCGGCAAGCUGCUGUUCCCCGCGCGGCGCCCUCAGUGCGAUGUGCAUCUGGCAGUGCACGGGGCGCUGCUUGUGGUUCAGGCCUUUGCGGGGGAUGUAGACGCGAGGCAGCCGGAGAAGGCGCGGCUGGUGUGGGUCCAGGCAUCCCUGCUGGAGGAGGCGAAGGCAGAGGACCAGCUCCAGCGGGGCGACGAGGGCUGUGAGACGUGGACCAGGAGCCUGGGUGCGCAGAUGCUUCAGGUCAUCUUCGAUCACGUGUGCCUGUCCAGCCCCGUCACCGCUGGGCUCAAGGCGUGCGUCGAUGAGAUGGAGCAGAGCGUCAAGGUCUGCUCCAAGUGCAGCUUCACCUUGCGCUGCGUCGUCUGCAAUCACGAUCGCGCCUGGAGGGGCGUCGCCAGGAACUGGGGGCCGCUGGAACGGUGGCAGCGGGCGACCGUGAACGUGCCGAGAGGCAUGAAAGGGGCGCUGCCGCGGCCGUCGAUGUUAGAUCGCUUCAGUGGGUUUUUGGGCUCAAGAAUCUGCACCAAGGCAGUGCGUAUGGAUUACUGGCUCCCUGCCGCCCAGUCCAUUUGGCAGGGAGCGUUCGCCUAUCUCCUGGGCAGCAACCUGCAGAGGUGCCCGCCAGUCCACGUCCCUUCGUGCCCCGCCAUACCGAGCUGUGUGUGCCCGCCUUGUCCUGGCUGUCCGACGUGUCCCGGGGGCUCCCUCGCUCCCGCCACGCCCUCGGCGAACGGCGGGGGCAGCAGCGAACCACGACAGCCCUCCUCCGUCUGGUCUGUGGUGCCGGUGAACGAGGCUCUCCUGCUGGUCCUGGCGCUGACCUACGGCGCUCUGUCGUGGAACCGUGUCGUGCUGAUGUGCUGGCGCCGCAGGGCUGGCCGUGCAGAACGUGAGCCCAGUGGGAGCAGCACCUCAUGGGAUGCUCCAGGGAACGUCGGUGCACUACGAUGGAAAGCAGAUGUGGCACCAGCGUCUGAUCCAGGGCGACGGGGGUGGACUCGACUGGAGAGAGUCAUUCAGUGGAUGGUGUUCCUCUGUGCGGUGGUCAAUGACAUCUAUGAGGACAGCUACUCACGCCAGGGGAGAGACAUCGCUGCGGUGAGGUUCACAUCAGAUCGAGCUGCUCUCCUUCGAGGCGUCGGUGCCGUCAACUCGUACGGGUUCGGAAGGAACCGCACGGUGGCGCAGAUGCAGCAGAUCGACCCGACUGCGCUGGACUACGGCACCGCCGCUCUGGCCGCCGACCACCUGCGCCUGCGGCUGCCUGUGCCUGGCGGGCCGUUCGCCGUCCCGCUGACCUUCGGUCCCGCAGGCGCCGGGGCCCCCACGGCCGUGGUGAUCCCGCCUGCCGGCUCGCACCUCCGCGGGGCCGCCAGCUUGAUGCCGCUGGCUGAUGGGACGUGGGUGGCCGUCCGCUCGAUCUCCGAGCCCGCGCAGAUCUACGCGGGGAGGGAGGGCCACGCCAACUCGAUGGAGGGCGAGAUCGUUCGGACCCUCAAUGAGCUGUACCUUGGCCAGCCCUGGCACCCCGUCAGCCAUCCUCAGUCCAUCACUGCGGGCCAGCGGCAGGCCCUGGACAACGUUCGAGACACAGUCCGGCGGUUCGGCUCGCCCCCGGAGGGAUUGACUGGCUCAGGAGCCCUUGAGGAGCUCCGAGUUCUCAGCGACUGCGCUGGCGAGAGCGCCACAGUCGCUCCGCUCGACUUUGAUCAUAUCAAUAGUCUCUCGCUUCCAGACGAGGGUUUCAAGCCCGUGCCGCUUCUCUCCCUCGCGAACCGCUUCGUGGACCGCCGACCUGUGCCGCUGGUGUCCGAGGGUGUGAUUCAUGCCGAGUACGUGGACAAUGCGAUCAGCCUCUCUACGGACCUGGACACGGCGGUCGCCGCGGCGUCGGCCGUGGACCCGAACGUUCGUGCAGCGGGUCUCCCUACCCACGGAGUCGAGAGCAGCUUUGGCGCCGUGGCACUAGGCUGGCAGUUCGACGAGAAGUUCCCGAUCAUCGGCCUGAACCCAGCGCCCCGCUGGAAAUUGCGUUUGGCCUUCCUGGAGCUGUCUUUCGCUCGUGAGCUCUCCAAGUACAAUGAGAUAUGGAGAUUCAGUAGUCAUCAGGAGUCCGAGAUGUCGCAUCGAUCCCACGCCUUCAAGUCGGCGACGUCCGCCGACCCCUUCACCCCAGAGUCGGUCUUCAUCAUCGCCUGCUCCGGGAACCCAAAGGCCCCGAUCAAGGAGCCCCUGGAGGUGCUCGUAGAAGAGCCCGUCAAGGAGCCCGUGACGGAGGGGGUGCACAUGGAGGAAGAGAUGGUCAAUGACGUCGAGGAGGAGGAGAACCUGCCGGGCGUGGGCUACGCGGCCGCGGCGGCCGACUCCUGCUGCCUAGCGAGCCGCCGCCAGGCGAGGCUGCCCCAUGGCGGGAGCUGGCGGGAUCAGCUCCAGCGGUCGUUCCUCGAGUCGGUCCUCGAGCUCAGGGCCGUGAAGGACAGGGCCGUCUGGAGCUACCUGGUCCGAUGCCGAGCUUUCCUGAUCUGGUCGACGAAGGCCUACCUGUCGGUGGCGAGUGUCACGGACCUGGAGAUCGACUGGAUGGUGGCGUACGACUCCCUGGCCGCUGCCCGAACGGUCGUCUUGACGUCCGUCCUCGGCCUGGGGUCGUCGGCGACGCUGUCGCUGCGCGUCCGGCCAGUCGAGCAGCUGGUCAGGGCUGGUCCACAACAUCUGGGCAUGUACUCGAUCCUGCAGUUUCCCGCGGAGCUCAGGGUGAUGUCGAAGGCCCUGGUCUACGACGCCAGUCUCCAGGUGGACAGCCCAGAGUUCAGCGGGGCCGACCAGCUGCUGGAUUGCCUCGUGGGGAGACGUGCGAUCGACGCGCUCCUGUCCUACCUGGACAUGAGGCUCUGGGUGCGGGCGCUCCUGCAGGCGGGCGCCGCCCUCGGACUGGGCGCCCUCGCCCCCCCAAUGCCGCAUCCGCUGCGCCGCGGGGGGGCCAGCCCCGAGUAUCCGACAAACGCCAGGACAUUCGGCGACAUCAAGAAGCGCUGGCAGUGGGAUGCCGUCAGGGGCCUCAUGCAGUACGCGAGGGAUGGUCAAGUUCAAGUGGUGCUGUGGCACCCUGUGCAGAAUCUGAGCUCCUGGGCCCACCUGACCGACUCGAAGGUGUACUUGGAGGUCUUCAGUGGCUCCGGGAACUGGUCCCAGGCGCUGCGGGGGAGCAUGACUUCUCGCCUGGCGCCGCGGGUCUUCGAGCUGGACGUGGACCAUGAGCCCACCCUCGGUGACCUCAGCCGGCGGCGAGCCCAGCGCGUGGUGCGCGGGUGGCUCCGUGGUGGCCUGCUGCAGGGCGUCUGGCUCGGGAUGCCCUGCAGCUCGUGGUCGCGGGCACGGAAUCGUCCCAACGGGCCACCAGCCCUGCGGGACGCCGCCCACGUGUUUGGCCUGCCCAACCUGUCGUCGGCUGACCCCCUCAAAGUCGAGACGGGUAACGAGUUAUCGCAGUUCUCUUUCAGCUUGUUUUUGGAGUGUGCCAGGCGCGGAGUCCCCGCAGCAAUCGAGAACCCUUCCACCUCGUGGGUCUGGCAGACCCGCUGGGCCCAGCAUGCGGCACGCCAGCCAGGGGUUAAGACUGUGGAGUUUGAUUUCUGCGCCUUCGGCACUGCUUGGCCGCCGAGACUCGUCCCCGAGGCCAGAGGCGCCCAGAACCGGCCCAGGGAGCACAGCCGUAGCCCUCUUGCUCACGUCCAGCGCUGGCUCGGGCAGCCCUCCCGCCGGAUUCGAGCUCGUCGGACCUGCCACGGGCUGCCGCCGUCGGGCACUGGCAGCAUGAGCGAGGAGGAGCCGAACAACGUCGCUGGCGAGGAGGAGUCGAACGACGUCAGCCGCGAGGAGGGACCCGCGGAGGUGCCGGUGGUGAUGGCGACGCUAGUGCAGCCGUCGAUCCCUCCAGGGGCGUCCCCGUCCGUGACCGGCCAGGGCGGGUAUUGGAUGGAGUUCAUUGACAUCGACAUGUGCAGGCAGGGGGACGCGGAGAUCGUCCACGAUUGGAUGCGCAGCACGACGAUCGAGGACCUGAAGAGGACGGUCGAGGAGAAGGGCUACUCUGCCAUAACCGUGAGCAACGGCCACCCCUCCUUCGGGCACGCGGCCCUGAAGAAGUUCGACUUCCAGCUCACGCACAUGCACUGCAAGCCCAUCUCUUCCUGCUGCAAGCACCCGUGCAAGAUCUACAUCUACACCUCCAGCUCUGCGCCCGGCUCCGGCGGGCGUGCCCCUGCCCUGGAGGCCGGGGAGCCGAGCAUCGACGGAGAUUAUUUCUCCUUCAAGACGGGCGGGGACCCCGCCGCCGUCGUGGACCGGUUCCGGGCGCAAAGGAGUGGCAACAGGGUCACCUACUACCGGAACCAGCGGCAUCCGGGCCAUGGCGCGCAGCCAGGGUCCAUCGCCUGCGAGAGCUACACCAUAUCAGGAGACGUGCUCACGGGCCCCGUGUCGGCCACCGUCCAGGCCAACGGGGACAUCGUGUACAGCCACGGGUACACCUCCAGGAGGCUACGGGUGCUGCCACACGGGGACGCAGUGUACAGUUCCGAAGGCUCGGGGCCGUCCGUGACGGGCAGGGGCGGACGAUGGAUGGCGUACACCGACAUCGACAUGUGCGGGCAGGGAGACACCGAGAUCAUCCCUGAUUGGCGGUCGCACACUACGCUCGAAGACUUGAAGAGGACCGUGGAGUUGAAGGGUUACUCGGCCAUCACGGUCAGCAAUGGACACCCCAGUUUCGGGCAUGCAGCCCUCAAGAAGUUCCCCUACCAGCUCACGACAGAGCAUUGCAAGCCGAUAUCGACUUGCUGCAGGCACCCGUGCAAGAUCUACAUCUAUGAUUCUACGGGCGCGUCGCCAUUGAAAGACGAUGUGUGCAUCGGGAGUGCAGCGGGUGCUUGUGACCCUGGCACGGACUACGUCUCGUUCAAGACAGGCGGAGACCCCGGCAGCAUCGUGGACCGCUUCCGGGCAGUCAGGGCUGGCGACACUUUGACAUUCUACCGGAACCAGCCCAGCCCAGGGCCCUGCGCGCAGCCGGGUACCAUUGCAUGUGAGAGCUACACCAUACGGGGCGAUCGCCUCAGUGGGGCGGUGUCGGCCACCGUUCAGCCUAAUGGAGACAUUACGUGGAGCCAUGGGUACACCUCCAGGCCCAGGGCGAGCACCGAGGCUGCCUUGCGGCAUGGGGCGACAGCGUCGGUGACAGGCAGGAGUGGGUAUUGGAUGGAAUUCCAAGACAUCGAUAUGUGCAGACAAGGGGACGUGUCUAUCAUUCAAAAUUGGCGCUCUGUCACCUCGAUCGAGGCGAUGAAGAGGACCGUGGAGGAGAACGGAUAUUCCGCCAUCACUGUAAGCAACGGCAACCCUAGCUUUUUGCAUGCGGCCAUCAAAAAAUUUGAUUUCCAGCUGAAGCCAGAGUACUGCAAGCCCAUCUCUUCCUGCUGCAGGCACCCGUGCAAGAUUUACAUCUACUUUCCUACGCCAGGUAGAGGGGUCAGUGCCCCAGUCGAGCGAGACGAGAUACACAUCGACGGAGAUUAUUUCUCCUUCAAGACGGGCGGGGACCCCGCCGCCGUCGUGGACCGGUUCCGGGCGAAGAGGAGUGGCAACAGGGUCACCUACUACCGGAACCAGCGGCAUCCGGGCCAUGGCGCGCAGCCAGGGUCCAUCGCCUGCGAGAGCUACACCAUAUCAGGAGACGUGCUCACGGGCCCCGUGUCGGCCACCGUCCAGGCCAACGGGGACAUCGUGUACAGCCACGGGUACACCUCCAGGCGCAUCCACGGAGGCGGGGGCUUGGCAGCAGACGACAUCGCCGUGGUGGUCGGGACGCCCGUGCCAGUUCCGAUGCAGGACAACGUCAUCCUGGAGCCGCUCCCUCCAGGCAUCAUCUCGGCCGAGGACAUGGCUGGCUGCUGGACCUGCGCCUGCAUCCCCCUCGGCUGCGCCUGCUUCGAGAAGAGAGCCGUGGGGCAUGACAGGCUCGUGCACAAGGGUCUCGCUUUCUGCUGCUUCGUGCUGCCCUGCCACUUCGUGGAGCCCAGGGUUCGCGUCCCUGGCACCAACGGCUUCUACAAGGAGGACGAGGGCCCGUCCUCCCGCAAUAUCGACACAUACCACUCGUCGGGGUGUGUCUGUAACGGCCUCGCCUGCUCCAUGAAGCUCUGCCCGCUCUGCUGA